AACGUCCCUUGCAACUAAUUUGAAUGAGUUUCUACGUAACGUUUCGACAUAUCUCUGUCGUUGUCGCAUUGCUUCCAGUAAUUUCACUGAUAAUAUGUGUUCUUAGAUGUGUGACUACGAAUCCAUGUAGCUGGCUUGAUUGCACAGAUACCAAUUACUUACCAUCUCUAAGUGCUGCUACUGCUGGUAAUGGACCUCACAGAGUAAUAUGGAUACUAUCAAUUCUAAUUAGUUCGAUUGGGCGGCUGAUACUUCUAUCAAACAGUUACAUAAAUUCCCGUAAAUUCUCCGAUCCAUUCUCUGGAGGAGACCAUAUGUGCAUUUCCAACUUGCUAUAUCUUUCAAGUUUUAUUGAAAUAUUUUCGCUCAAUAUGCUUAGCAUUGUUUCUUCAUCUGAUAACUACAUUCAGCACCGCAAUUACUUCUGUGCCUUUGCUUUGUUCUCGGUGGUCUACAUGAUAACAGAUGUUUACGUAUUACAACUUAAGCUUAAAACAACUGAAAAUGCUUUUCUGAGUACCAUAUUACGAAAGAAGAUAUAUCUUAUGGCGUUCUACUUAAUUUGUUUGUUGAUUGAUGGACUGUGUUAUUGGAUUCACUUGACGUUUUGUCCUCCAUAUGUUUUUACUGUGUUUUCUGCACUUGAAUAUGCUGCAAUAUUUGCAAACAUUUUUUAUCACUAUACAACCUCCAGUACAUUUGAAGAUAUAUCAGUGAGGAAAAUGAUCAUUUACUUUUCCACCGGUCGAACUAUUCCGUUCGUAAAUAUGAAGUCAGAACUACCAUUGUUGGAAGUAAAAUGAAUAAUUGUUUUUCAAAUAGAAUUUUAUUUAAUUCGCUAUCAUUCUUAUGUACGUGAGAUUAUACAUCCCAUUAAAUUACAUAAAGCAUAUUUUGUUAACUGUAUAGUAACGUCGAUGAAAUACAAAAUUUCAUACAAUCUAA